AGUACCAAGCCGUAAACGUACUGGCAUUGGUAAUUUCGCACCCGGCACACCACGCACGCAUAUACCGGAGUGAAACGAGAUAUUCAGACCUGGGAAUGGACAGCGGAAUGCUGAUUUGUCGUUAAAGAAUCGAAUUUAGUCGGACUGAACGCGGAGGAAUGGUUUAAAUUUGACUGAAAACCCACACAACCCCCUAGGCUCGGUACUCGUCCGCCUCUCGCCGUCGGUGGUGACUCACGGAGAUCGGGCCGUUGACGGAGCAUCGCUGACCGGGCGGAUAAAUCACUGAAAUCGGGAUUCCAGCAUGAAGUUCAAACCGAACCAGACGCGGACGUACGACCGGGAAGGAUUCAAGCGACGAGCGGCGUGUCUCUGCUUCAGGAACGAACGGGAGGAUGAGGUGCUGUUGGUCAGCAGCAGUAGAAACCCGGAUCAGUGGAUCGUUCCUGGUGGAGGAAUGGAGCCGGAGGAGGAGCCGUGUGGAGCUGCUGUACGGGAGGUCUUUGAGGAGGCUGGUGUGAAGGGUAAAUUAGGACGUUUGCUAGGUGUGUUUGAGCAGAACCAGGACCGGAAACACCGGACGUACGUGUAUGUGCUGACGGUCACAGAGACACUGGAUGCCUGGGAGGAUUCGGUCAAUAUUGGCCGUAAGCGUGAGUGGUUUCCUGUCGACGAGGCCAUCAGGGUCCUGCAAAGCCACAAACCGGUUCACGCCGACUACCUGAGACGCCUGCGGAUCAGUCGCACAUCCACCACCACCAACGGAAACCUGCUCCUGCCCCAAACAUCUCCCAGCACCCUCACACCGCUCUUCAGAUAGGACACACAAACAGCACAACACACACACAUCAACACUCCUCUGUCUACAUAAACCUCCGACACACAUCUCCUGGAGCUUUAUGACCCUCACAACACCUCAUGGGCACCUUUGGGAUAAACCAAAGCAUGUGGGAUUUGUGGUGAAGAACGCCUUAAUGAUUUAUUUCACGAUUGAAGUCGGUUUUAGUUGUUGUAACUGAAUAAUAAUAAUUGACCAGCUUUACAAACCAGUUACAUGGAAGUGCACUUCCAUUAUUCCUCCAUCGCUCUCACCUGCAGAGCUCGGCAUUCUGGGAUUGUGAUGUAGGGAAUGUCAGGCUUUUACAGCAUUUGACCUUUCUGAAUUCAGUCCAUUAGCACUGUCGUGACCCCAGACUUCCCUUUAAGACUCAGACAACCCUUUAAAAGUCCCCUUCACUGCUGCUCCUGACCAGAUAACUGGAUUCCUGAAAGCAUCAGAGAUUCCGGUCGAUGAGAUUUCUGGGAAUUAGAUGGGGGGCAGGAGGGUCGUAACCUCAUUUUAUGCUUUGAUUAAAGAACAAACAUUUGUAGAUACACUAAAAGACUGAAGAUGACAAAUAAUAUAUGAUGGUUUUUAACUACAGUGCAAACGUAUUAAUCUUUUCUGCUCUUAA